AUGCUGCUCAGAAGAUUACUAGCCUGUGCUGAGCGUGCCUCGAAGCCGCGCACGACAAACUUGGAUCGAAUUUCGAAGUCCACCAAGAAAUUGUUGGAAAGAAGAAGGGCUUUGAGGCUUGAUCCGAAUGCAUCGCACGUUGAGCGGCAGAAGAAGAUUCUGGAAGCAGCCCAAAGAAGAACGAGUCUAAAGAAGUGCCGAAGGGAUCUCUGCGAAUAUAAUAUUCCGCUAGCAUCUUUGUUGAGCGAAGACAGGACUCGCACGUCUUCUCGUCGUGAGAUGGAAAUCAUUACGGAGAGGUUCUACUUGAACCUUUUCCGUUCAUCAACUCCUGUGUCAAGAUCAUCACGAAAUCUCCGAUCGUCCCCACUGGUGAAGCUCCACCACGGAUUCUCUCUUACGAGUAUUCCUUUAGUGGAAGUACGACAUUUUAUAUCAGCAGACUUUCUUCGGGCUGGUGACCAUCCAUUUCAUGCAAUGUUAUCGGCGCACAUGACGUCUUACCUUCAGAAAGAAAGGAUCCCAGACCAACGGAAGACCUCGCGAACCGUUCUUAUCUAUAAGAAAGGUGACCGAGAGGACCUCCGAAACUACCGUCCGAUGUGCUUGUUGAGCGUGUUAUACAAAGUAUUCACUAAGAUCAUCCUCACGCGCAUAUCUAGGACGCUGGAUGAAGUCCACCCUCAAGGAACAAGCUGGAUUCCAUCAAGGGUUCAGCUGCUUGAACCUCAUCCAAACUGUUUCAAGGUCAUAGAGGUUUGCCGGGAAUACCGCCUGCCCCUUGUUCUAACCUUCGUCGACUAUGAGAAAACCUUCGACAACGUAGAAACGAGUGCAACUAUCAGCGUUGGUCGAUCAAGGUGUGGACGCGUAGUUACCUUGAUUACCUUGAUUACCUUGACUCCCGUUGAUUUUCGAACUGGUCGAGCGGGCGCCAGUAAUUCUUCCAUUUGUCCCGAUCGCGUGCCAGAAUAG